ACCAUUCAUACGAUUGGACCAAGGACCAAACUGAGCGGGGAACGCGCGGAACCGGAGCCGGACCACGACCGCGAUCACAGUGACAGUGUAGUGAAGGAGUGGAGAGAGUGGUGAAAUCUACUGCGAAAUUUUAAGAAAGUUUGAUUGAAUAUGGAGCAUCAAGAUAAAUUGCCAGGAAGGGUACGGGAACAGCGAGACACAGGAAGAAGUAGAGCCUCAAAUGAAGAUCCUGGCCAAUUUAGUCAUGGACCCAGGAUGGCGAACACAUACUAUCAAGGGAGUGAGCUAAAUUACUUUAAAAACUCUCACCGAGAGAUUUCUUUAAUGCUGACUUCUAAAGUUCAAGAAAUUGAAAAACGCGAUUGUGAGCUUACUUUAUGUCAUAAUCAGAUUUCUUAUCUGAAAAAUGAGGCAGAAAAAUAUAGGGAAAAAUGUUUAAAUCUUCAAGAGCUUUUGGAGAAAAAUGCAUCUUCUGUAAACAGUUAUUAUAGACUUGAAGAGAGAGAUUCAUUUGCUGACAAUAAGUUAACUGUGUCUGAAGAUGAAAAUUCAAACUUGGUCAAAGAAUUUUCCUCUGUGUGUGUUGAAGUCUCCCAUUCUACAGACAUUUCUGAGGAAAGUUUUGAAGGCUCAUUACCGACUAGUACUAGUAAUUGUUUCAUGGACACUUUAAACUAUUCAUGGCAGGAAUCUCCAAGCAAACAACAAAACUCAUCCUCAAAUAAAAGAGACAUUCAUCCCAAGAAACAACAACCUAAAAGAUCCUCUGAACCGCCAAAUCUUCACGGAGAGCCACUAAAGAGAGAGACAUUAUCUAGGAAUGAUAGAGAUUUUGGUCCCAGUAGGCAACAGCUCCAAAGACCCUCUGAAGAGAAAAGUUCCCUCGGAGGUUCAUCAGCAGAGAGCAGGAGUUUGGAAACAACAGUAAUAAAAGAAAUUAAAAGUGAUCUCUUUAAAAUGUCUGAAAGUCAUGCUUUAGCUCAUUGUGUGGGUUCAGACUUUAUAAUGAGUUCUGGUAUUGCUGUUGAAUUCAGAAAGAAAUUCAGGAAUAUCCCAGAGCUGUUAGACCAAAACAAGAAUCCUGGCCAGGUAGCUUUUCUGAAAAUUCAGAAUUCGGGACAGUACAUUUACUAUCUUGUGACUAAGCUAUGUAGCACUGGUAAACCCAAGUGGGAAGACUUUGAAAAGUCAGUUGUAGAGUGGAAGGACCUGUGCCUUCAACAUAAAAUCAAGGAAAUUGCUAUUCCACAGAUAGGUUGUGGUCGUGAUCAGCUUGACUGGAAGAAAGUCUCUAAUCUUCUUAAACAACAGUUUGCAAACACACAGAUUGAGAUAACAGUUUGCUCAAUUGAAGCUGAAGGCGCUCCCCCUAAAAAGUGGAACUUAUCUCUUGUGCAUACUCCAAAACCGCUGUCAGAAUUGAACCCAGUUGAUUGUGCUCUUGUGUUUAUUGCCAGUAAAGAUCAUUUUAUUACUCCAACUAUCCAGAGGUUGGUCGCAAAAUAUGGGUUUGAGUCAGAUUAUUUAAGCCACAAACAAGGUUCAGGCAGUCUGUACCAUACUGUACGUCGUUCGGCCAACAUUUUUGGAUUAGUCGUGAAAGAUCGUCAUAAUGAAAGCGUAUCUUUCUCGGCAAUUGGUAAAUGCCUUCAGGAUUUGAAGAGGGUUGUGAAAAAGUCCAAUUUGUGGUAUAUAGGCUUUGAAGCGUUCGACGAUCCAAAGGUUUUGCUUGCUACUCGAAAAGUUUGGACUCUUAUAAUAGAUGCCUUUUUUACUGAAAACAUUGAAGUACAUUUCUGUUGGCCUGAAGAGGUCAAGGAGAAAUGUUGGGAAGAUCGAAAAUAGUUCCAGCUGUACUAAUGUAGACCUAGAAGUGAAGAACUGACUCGCAUAUACUGGCUUCAGUACUUUCAAAAUUGAAAAUAUUGAUGUGCUGUUAAUAAAGGUUUCUGUUUUGAAGUAAUAUUUUCUAAAUCCCAAUAUUAUUUGUACAAUCCUUACAAUGUGUAUUAUCUAUGUAUCAAAAACAAUCAAUAUUCUUUUUUUCAUGUCAAUCCAUAUAAUUACUUGGUGAAGUAUGUACUUAUUUGUAUGACAUCCGAGAUUUGUAUCUGUUAUUUGCUUAUUUCACAAUAAUUUUAUUUGUAUAUUAUAUUUACAAAUAAGGGUU